AUGAGUGGUAGCAAGUUGAUUGAGGCCAGGGAGGAGGUAAGCAACGAUGGAGCAAUUGGUGUCAAAUUUGCCGUACAUGUUGCGGUCGGUGAGGCAAUAGGUGUUGACGAGCUUGGGUGCUCCAUGGGCAUCAAGGACAUUGAGGGGGCCUCGAGGAUGGGCGAAGACGCCAUGAGCGAGGCGACCCAGGAUGCUGAAGGCGAGGAGUUGUGGGCGUCGGCUGGUGGGCGUGCUGAUCAUGCAGAGGACAUCACCGUGGGCUGGGCUCGGCUAGGGGAACACACAACGACAUUGUCAGGCACUGGGCACGAGGCUGUGCAGGUGCAGAAGGAAGGGACGUCGGGAGUUAGGCACCACAAAGGGGGGCGCUAG